UCACAUGCAUUCUUGUAUAUAUAGCACACACAUGCAUUCAAGCUUGAUAAUUCAGAGGCAAUUUUUGUGUGUAUUCCUAUAUAUGAUGAUACAAGUAAGAUCAAACCUAUGGCUAUCACACACACUAGUAUGUGUAUUGAUCAUAUUUCUAAAAGUAGAAGGUACAAGUGAAGUGGCUAUAACCAUCAUCGAAGGAGCUGUGGCCAAAGGAGCAGUUUGUUUGGAUGGAAGUCCACCUGCAUACCAGUUUGAUGCAGGUUUUGGAGAUGGUGUCAACAAUUGGUUGGUUCACAUACAGGGUGGAGGAUGGUGCAAUUCGGUAAAUGAUUGUCGUAUGAGGACAUAUAGUCAAUAUGGUUCGUCGAAGAAGAUGAAGAGUUCCGACUAUAACUUCACAGGGAUUUUAAGCAAUAAGCAAGAAUUAAAUCCAAGCUUUUAUAACUGGAAUAGGGUCGCUAUGAGGUACUGUGACGGAUCAUCCUUAACCGGAGAUAUAGAAGCGGUUGAUCCUGCUACAAAUCUUCACUUUAGGGGUGCAAGAGUCUUCAAGGUCAUCAUAGAAGAGUUGGUUGGGAAAGGAAUGAAAUCUGCAUCAAAUGCUCUUUUGUCGGGGUCUUCGGCUGGUGGAUUGGCUUCCAUACUUCAUUGUGAUAAGUUUAAAGCAAUAUUUCCAACAAAUACCCGAGUCAAAUGUUUUUCUGAUGCCGGUUAUUUUGCUCAUGUGAAAGACCUCUCUGGAGAAUAUAAGUUUGAGGGAUACUAUGAUCAAGUGGUUGCGUUACAUGGAUCGUCGAAGAACUUGUACCCUGAAUGUACUUCGAAAAUGAAACCUAGUUUGUGCUUUUACCCACAGUUUGCCAUGCCAUAUGUCCAAACACCUGUAUUUAUAUUACACUCAACAUAUGAUACCUUCCAGGUACAAAACAUCUUGGCCACACCACAAGCAGAUCCUAGUGGACUAUUCACCAAAUGCAAGCAAGAUAUAAACACAUGUUCAACUGACCAAAUUCAAAAGCUUCAAGAUUUUAGAUCCGAGUUCUUAGAAGCAUUUUUGGUUGCCCAAAAUGGUUCAUCAAGAAGAGGAUGGUUUGUUAACAACUGUUUUACUCAUGGUCAAUGCGAAUAUCAAAGAAAAUGGUUGGGAAGUCUUUCUUCAAAACUAAACCACAAGGCUAUUGCAGAGGUAGUUGGUGAUUGGUUUUACGAAAGAAAUUAUGCCGUCCAACUGAUCGAUGACCAAAAUGUGUUGCCGCAUUAUUGCAUCGAUUAGUCAAUGGUUUAUAUAUGUAUAGUUUUUUGGCAUGGACUAAGUUGAACAUCACAGAAGUGAUAUACCUAUCAUGUAUCACAAAUAAUGUUUUUCUUUAUGCACGUUUUAUGUUGAUGCGAGUAAUCUUAGUUAAUUUUUAUUGUCAAAAUAUUAUAUUUAAA